AACAUUGGUGUUGAACUCACCAUGAUUCUUAUUCAAAUGAAAUGUUUACACACAGCUUUUUAUUGGUGACUGCUUUGCGCAUGCGAAGAGGCAGGCUGCGACCACUUGCUGAGACGGAUGACCGUGUGAGAGCAUCAAUCGCUCUCUAUAUACGCGCACGGCUGGAUAUGCGCGUUUUCACCUGAAUGUGAUUCCUGAACCCAUUGACUCAUUUUUUUUUUUUUUUUUGGCUCUUCGCUCUACACGUCUCUGUCGCUACUACGUUUUAACGCAACAGGCUGCAACACUAAUGUGGUGUCCACACGCCGAGGAGCCAGUCGAACACACCUGUAACUGCGCCGCUCCGCUCCGCCGACUGUUUUCAAGCCGACAGCGAGGAUGAAGAAGCAAAACAUCCGGACCCUGUCGCUCAUCCUCUGCAUGUUCUCCUACCUGCUGGUCGGCGCCGCGGUGUUUGACGCGCUGGAGUCCGAGUCCGAGAACUCCCGUCGGCGCAUCCUGGAGCAGAAGCGCAACGAGAUGAAGAAGAAGUACCGCUUCUCCGAGGACGACUACCGCGAGAUCGAGCGAGUGGUGUUACAAGCUGAGCCCCAUCGCGCGGGGAGACAGUGGAAAUUUGCCGGCUCUUUUUACUUUGCCAUAACAGUCAUCACCACCAUUGGUUAUGGACAUGCAGCACCAGGCACGGAUGCAGGAAAAGUCUUCUGCAUGUUCUAUGCCGUGCUGGGUAUCCCUCUGACUCUGGUCAUGUUCCAGAGCCUGGGAGAACGGAUGAACACGUUCGUUCGCUAUCUACUCCAUAAGAUGAAGCAGUGCCUGGGCUUCAGACGCACAGAGGUGUCCAUGGAGAACAUGGUCCUGGUGGGCUUCCUGUCCUGCAUCGGAACACUGUGUGUUGGUGCCGCAGCCUUCUCCCACUUCGAAAGAUGGAGCUUCUUCCACGCUUACUAUUACUGCUUCAUCACGCUGACUACCAUCGGCUUCGGGGACUUCGUGGCUCUGCAGAAGAAGGAGGACCUCCAAGAGAAAACGCCGUACGUGGCGUUCAGCUUCAUGUACAUCCUGGUGGGGCUGACUGUCAUCGGGGCCUUUCUGAACUUGGUGGUGCUGCGCUUCCUCACCAUGAACACCGAGGACGAGAGGAGAGACGCUCAAGAAAGGGCUUCGCUGAAGAGGGACAGAGGCCUCUUGGACGGGGCUCUACGCGUCGUAGGGGAGCAGAGCAGAGACAGGGAGAGGAACAGGAGCAAUGUGGCGCACAGUCGCACUCGUAGCCACAGCACGCUAUUCCUCCCAAUCGAGGAGGGGACCAGCCGCACAAACCUCAUCUCUUCCCCGGCGGAGGAUCAGGAGAGGCAAAGAAGCCCCUGCAGACACAGGCUGCAUUUACAGAUCAAGACAGGACGACACAGGAGAGAGUCCAGCCUGAGCUCCCUCUGCUCCUGUGUGUGCUACCGUUUGGGCAUGUGUGACAGUCCUUUUGUGUCCAACAGUGAACACCACGGCUGCCACAUUAACUCUGUGUACUAUAACUCAGUAUCCUAUAGGAUCCAGGGCUGCUCACCUGGUUCCAGGGACAACACAGGACUGUCUUCCCCAGGAAGCACACUCUCACCUGGACAUAGCUUCCUGGAGUUCCCUCGCUCAAGAAGAAAGUCAGUGUAGAGAGAACUAUAUUUGGAAAGAGCAUUUGCACAGAAUGUGAACAGUAUUUUCAAUGUGUUACAUCUCUUUUUUUUUUUUCCUGCAUGUCAAAAGAAUCUGAAUCUUUUUGUUUUUGUUUAGCCAGGAUGAUUUCUUCUCUUCUUUUACAACAACUUUAAUUUUGUUCUGCUGUUUUUUUUUUCUCUCGCAUGUAAGCCAAAGUGCAGUGCAUGCUGAAGAGAAUGUAAAGCACACAAUGUGAAUGCAUGAGUGCCGUGAAAAGAUGUCAACAGUCUGGCUUUUCAUCUCCGAUCUUUCCAGAAGUAUUUUGGAUAUAGUGCUUAUCGAUGAUUGUAUACCUGUUCAGUGAAUGUAUGUCAAGAAUCCAAGUGGCUCCUGCUUUAGACAGAAACUUUUUCAUGCCAUAGCUAGAAGAUGUCAUUACACUUUUGUAUUUAAAAAAAAAAAAAGCCUUAAAGAACUUUUACCAAGCACAGAAUAGAUUUGGCUUCUUAGCGCAUUGAAUUGAAUAACUCCUGUUAUUACUUAGAUCUAUACAAACUUUUUUCUGUGCAUUGCACUCUAAUACAAAGAGAUUAUGAUUGUUACAUGACUGAUGGAUGUAGCACACAACAUACUGUAUAUGUAGCAGGUUACUUGUACACUUCUAACAAACCUGGGAAAUAUUCACUUUUUAGCCAGGAAGGUGUUGUUUCCAUGUAGACUUGGUUUCAAUUCAGAUUUGAUGUGAACCUCUUACAGUGUUGUUUUAUUAAACCAAAGGAAAGGAGCA